GGAUAAAAAACUGAAAAUUACAAAUGGGCAGCAAUUUGAACUUCUAGUAGCUGAGAUAGAGAAAAAUCCCAGUAUGGUAAAGGGAUGUCAAAGAGGAGUGAAUCCAACCGCUUUUAAUCAGCAAUGGGAGGAUAUUACUAAUUUAUUGAAUGCUCAUGGACCACCUCUGAGGGAUAGUGAUUGUUGGCAAAGGGUGUGGAGAGACUUAAAAUUUAAGGUUAAAAAGAAAUUUGUCAAAUAUAAGCUGGAAUGUAGUAAAACAGGUGGCAGAAGAAAAGGGCAAUUGCUACUUAACCCACUGGAUGAGGCUGUAGCAAAUUUGCUACAAAUUGAUAAACUAAUAAAUCCGCUAGGUGUUGUGCAAGGAAUUGAAACAGCUGGGCGGGAGUUUGAAACUGAAAUACAUUUGCAUUAG